CACAGACGAUCAGAUUCACCUUCAGACCAAACUAACAACUUCCACUGAGUGAGUUCAGCUACAGGAGAGAAAAGUGGAAAACUAAAACCCUGCUGCUUUGACACUGCUGACGCACAGUGAAGCUUCACUUGGAGACAAAAUGGCAUCCAGAUCAGAGGAGGAUCUCUGCUGUCCGGUCUGUCAGGACAUCUUUAAAGAUCCUGUUGUUCUGUCAUGUAGUCACAGCUUCUGUAAAGACUGUCAGACGAGAUGGUGGAGAGAGAAACAAUCACGUGAGUGUCCAGUUUGUAAGAGAAGAUCUUCAAAAGAAUACCCACCUUGUAACCUGGUGUUGAAGAACCUGUGUGAGGCCUUUUUGUUGGAGAGAGAUCAGAGAGCUUCAGAGGCUCUCUGCAGUCUGCACUCUGAGAAACUGAAACUCUUCUGUCUGGACCAUCAGCAGCCAGUGUGUCUCAUCUGCAGAGAUUCAGAAAAACACAGCAACCACAGAUUCAGACCCAUCGAUGAAGCUGCACAACAACACAAGAAGGAACUUCAGGAAACUCUGGAGUCCUUAAAGGAGAAGUUAAAGGUUUGUGAACAAGUUAGAGUGAAGUUUGAUCAAACAGCAGAACACGUUAAGGUCCAGGCCCGACACACAGAGAGGCUGAUUAAGGAGCAGUUUAAGAAGCUUCACCAGUUUCUAGAUGAGGAAGAGGAGGCCAGGAUGGCUGCACUGAGGGAGGAAGAGGAGCAGAAGAGUCAGAUGAUGAAGGAGAAGAUGGAGGCUCUGAGCAGAGAGAUAGCAGCUCUUUCAGACACAGUCAGAGCCACAGAGGAGGAGCUGAGAGCUGAAGACGUCUCAUUCCUGCUCAACUACAAGGCUGCGGUGGAAAGAGUCCAGCAGCGCCCCCUGCUGGAUGAUCCACAGCUGCCCUCAGGAGCUCUGAUAGACCAGGCCAAACACCUGGGCAACCUGACCUUCAACAUCUGGAACAAGAUGAAGGACAUGGUCUCCUACACUCCUCUGAUUCUGGAUCCAAACACUGCAAAUCCAAAGCUCACCCUAUCUGAAGAUCUGACCAGUGUAAGACCAGGAGAGAGACAGCAGCUUCCUGACAAUCCAGAGAGGGUUGAUAAAUACCCGUCUGUUCUGGGCUCUGAGGGCUUUAACUCAGGGACUCACAGCUGGGAUGUCGAGGUUGGAGACAGUACAGCCUGGUUUCUGGGUGUGUUACCAGGAUCUGUCCAGAGGAAGGGACAUAUAAAGUCUAGAUUAUGGGGAAUGUGGUUUCAUGAAGGUAAAUACUCAGCACGUGCACAAGCAGGUCCACCCAUGUAUCUCCAAGUGCAGACGAAGCCCCAGAAGAUCAGAGUGAAUCUGGACUGGAACAGAGGAGAGCUGUCGUUCUCUGAUCCUGAUACUAACACACACAUACACACCUUCACACACACUUUCACUGAGAGGCUGUUUCCAUACAUUUUCACUGGGGAUAAACUGAACAUAUUGAACAUAUCACCACUGAAGGUCUGUGUGACAGUGGAACAAAGGAUUUAGAGAUAAAGAAGAGAAUUAUAUUCAUGAUUUUUGAGACCACUGGGACAUUACAGAUCACAAAUCCUUUAUUUGUGUGACCUUUGAUCCAAAAGGGAGACUAAACAAAAGUUUGAAAACGCUGCGGACCCCGUUUUUCAUUUUAAAAUUCUGGGUAGUGUUUUAGUGCAGACAGGCAAAAUCGGAGGAGUUUAGAAACGAUGACGCAGGCGACCUCGUUUGGCUCUCUGAUUGGGUCUCAUAAGUCAAGCAAAGCAGAAACACGAUACUGUUGACAGAGUAUUUUUAUUAGAAUAUUACUGCCAUACAAAUAACACUUUUGCCUACAUAUGUACUGUGCAUGUUGUCGUAUUUACCUUGCAACGACUCCCAAUCUGUUUUCCGCCACCACAGCUGCUUUCAACUCCCAUGUUACAUUCACAGUUCCAGCUCGUUAUUGGUCGUUCUUCAUCUGUAUUUCUCUAUUCUUUUGCCUAAUCUUUUUUAACUACGGAAUAGUAUGGAAGAUUUAAUUGGACUUUAAUAUUUGUAACCCACAGAAGACAAUCUACAAAUGUGUACAAUGAUGCGCAAAUAUUUCACUAUC